AUGAAACCUCGUUCUCAACUUACUAAUAAUUCUUUCAACAAUUAUGAUGCCAACUCUCCGCAACCAGGUCCUGACGAAAUAAUUUCUGAUAAAUGGAUAGUAAAACAAUACUACAAGGCACCAUCUCCAAGCGACUUUAAAGACUUGAAACGUAAAUGCAGUCCCUUUUUCCUCUUUCGUAGAAAGGUUAAUGAGGCAAUUCAAAAAAGUGGGAGAGUAAGAAGUGCCGGUAGAAUUUCUAAACUCGCUGCUGAAUUGUGGAAAGAAACACCUCCUAAUGAAAAAGAGAUAUACAACCUUUUUGCCGAAGUUGGUUGCCGUUCUCUUUGA